AAAAUUUCUGAGCGGCUGUCUAUAUAGAAGUGUUGAAUUAUUUGUUUAAUAGUUAUGAAUUAAGCAUACUUAUAUGGAAGUAAAGUUUGAAAAAUAAGUAAAAAUGGAUGUACAACCACCAAGAGAUGCAAAUUUACGCAAUAUAAUUGACAAACUGGCUGAAUUUGUUGCACGCAAUGGGCCGGAAUUCGAAGCUAUAACCAAACAAAAGCAACAAGGCAAUCCCAAAUUUGACUUUCUAUAUGGUGGCGAAUUUGCUACCUAUUAUCAGUAUCGGGUGGCCGCCGAGCAAGCCAUGCUUAAGCAGCAGGGCAUCGUUAUUGGGACGCAAAUGCCAACCGGUGCAGCCGCCCUUUAUCAUCAGCAACAGCAGUCGCCCAUGCAGCAGCAACCGCCAUCCCACUAUACCCAAGCUACGCAACAGCCGCAGCAGCAGCAACAAUCACCAAAUGUACAUGAGAACACGCAAUAUAACAUGCAAACGCCGCAACAACAACAGGCACCGCAGCACUUAUGGCCCACCAAUUCAGGGCCCCCAUUAAGCACACAGGCGUCGAAUGGCACGGCACUAGCCAUGAAUUUGAGUGCACAAGUGGAAGCUAUAAGCAUGCAACAAACUACUCUGCGUGAACAAAUUAAACAAUCGGAGGCAAAUCUGUCGGCACAGCAUACGGCGCUGAUGACGCAAAAGACGAAACAAAUCGAAGAGGCGAUGGCGACGGCACAAUCGGCCCAAAUGGAACAGUUGGCCACUGAACAGAGCAUCGUACUACGAGACUUCGACGCCGUGCUUCAGCCAAUCAUCGAGUCCUGUACCAAGGAUAGCAUCUCAGCAGGCAAGAACUGGAUUUUACAGCAUUCAACCGACAACGCAAAAAUCAAUGUCGUUUUACAAUAUCUUUUAAAAAAGGCUUUGGUCAAUGGUUCAACGUUUCAGCAAAAAUUGCAUCUUAUAUAUUUAGUUAAUGAUAUACUCCAUCAUUGCAUGCGAAAAAACAUCACCGAUUUGAAAAACAGUCUCGAGAAUGUCGUUAUUCCGAUGUUCUGCAGCGCAGAUCUGAUUGCGACCAACGAUCAACGCCAGAAGCUCACAAAACUGCUUUCGCUGUGGGAGUCCAAAGCCAAAUUCUUUGAUGCGUGCGUCAUUUCAAAAUUACAGGCGCCAGACUCUUCCAUGCAGGAGUACAAGACCAAUCUGCAGAAUACACAUCACGAAAUUGUGACCAAGUAUACGCAGACAACAAAGGCAACUCUCGACAACUACCAAAAACAACAUCAAAUCUUCAUGCAACAUGCCAAACAACAAAUUGCUCAGCUCGAACAGCAGAAGCAACAACUCGAAAAGCAAAUGUUGGUGGCACAAUCGGCACAACAACAGCAGCAACCGCCGCCGACAACACCUCAAAAGUCCAUACCUGCGCUCAUGUCCCAACGCAUUAUCAUGCCAGGAGCCGAGAACGAACACGUAAACGCGCCAACACCCCAGCACGAUCAUGGACAAGCUGCCAACAAUGUGUACGCGGCCAAUGCCUAUCAGCAGCAGCAGCCGCAACAACAGCAGCAGCAACAGCAACCCAAUCACUACAUGGACCCUAGAGGGCCAAACUUUUUCAUUCCGGAUAUGUCAAAGCCACCACCUGGCUUCCAAACGCCAAUGCAUCCGGGCAUGCAGCAGCCGCAACAACAAUUGCCUCCACAGUAUGGGCAAAUGCCACUUAAUAAUAUGCCGCCUGGUCAAGUAUCAGGCGAACCCACAGUUGAUUUGGCCAUUUUGAACGCGGCUAUACAGCGCGUACAUCAAUUACAACAGCAGCAACAGCAACAUAUUGUAGAUGAUGGCCAUCCAGCUCAGCAACAACAGCCACAACAACUGGUCGAUCUGCAGCAGAAACAACCACCUCUCUCCGAUGGUGACAAUAGUUUAGAGUCUCCGGCACCAGUGAUUCCUGAAGAGCCACAAAUACCCACGGCUCCAUACUACGAUUUGCCUGCAGGUCUAAUGGUGCCGCUCAUUCGGCUAGAAGACUACAAUUAUAAAUCGUUGGAUCCGACGGAAAUUCGACUGCCAGCUCCGACGCCCCAGAACGAACGCCUAACCAAUGCAUUGAAUGCAUUCUAUGCCGCGCCAUCCCACGAUCAUCCGCGCGAUAACGAGGGCUGGGAAAAACUUGGUCUCUAUGAGUACUACAAAGUUAAAAAUGCAGCGCGGAAGCAGAAGGAAGAGGAUGUCAAGAAUGGCACCAGAGAGAAGUCCCGCUCACCGAGUCCAAUUGUGUUGGAGAAGCCUAAACCCAAGAAGCCUAAUAAACGCUGUUAUCGUUCCAAGAGCCGCAGUCGUUCGCGUUCACACACGCCCCCUAGGCGCUCACGUACCAGAUCCCGAUCCCCAGAAGGCACGCCUCCUUCGCAACGGAGUCGCGGAGGCGGAAACAGUAAUAGCAGUAGUAAGAGCAGAAAUCGCUCGCCACGCCAUGAACGUGAUCAAUCCAAUAAUAGUCGCGAUAAUCGAGCUGAACGCAAUAGUAGUAGCAACAUUAGCCUCAACAAUAGCGGCAGUAACAACAACAAUGGCAAUGGCAACAAUAAUAGUUCAAGACGCGUGGAACGAGAUCGUUCACCAACUCCACCCAGUUUCUUUGGUAGUAGUUUUGCCAAACCCAAUGAAUUCAUCGAGGAAUCCAACAAGGGCCAUCAAAUGCUUAUGAAAAUGGGCUGGGGUGGCACUGGCACCGGUUUGGGCUCCAAAAAUCAAGGUAUUGAUGCACCCAUAUCGGGUGGAGAGGUGCGCGACCGUCGGGAUAUGUAUAAGGGUGUGGGAAACAAUUUGAAUGAUCCGUUCGAGAGCUUCCGGAAGAAUAAGGGUGCUGCCUUCGUGCAUCGUAUGCGCGCGAGAGAUGAUAAAAGUUAAGAGCCUUAUUCCCUCCCACACAGGAGGUGCUACCGCAUUUUUCAAUUUUUUUUUGCUAGCAAGAAGAAAUUAAAUUUUAUAAAAACAAACUGAAAAA